AAAUACUCGCUUCACAGAAAACAUGCCAGCGGCUUCAUUAAUGACGCGUCUGCGAAGGAAAUCUGGUAAUCAGGUAAAAAUUGACACUCUUUUUUCAAAAAAGAAAGGACCUUCUGGAUCCGUUAGCAAAAAGAAUGAACGUUCUGCUGUCCCAAGUCGGCAAGCUCCAUUGAAGGUUUUUUCUUUUCAGAUUCCUCCAAUUCUUAUAAUGAAUGAUUCUUCAGUAUGCAAUUGCAUUGAGGAAUUAAUCAAAUAUAUGUUUGAAGAUGUUAGUCUCACUCGAGAUAGCGAGUUGCUGAUUUCGAACUGUCCAAGGGUAAUUGUCGAAACACAACUUGCUGGAUUAUUCCAUUCAGACUUUACAAGCAUAUCAAGAGAAUUGGAAAGUGAAAUUCGGAUAGGAGGUGUGCGCCGUUUAUACUUGCAUCGUGCCGAUAGUUUUUCAGGCGAAUCCUGCUUGGUAUUACGAUCAGAAUUAAACGAAAUUUACCAAUUCUAUUUGAACAAACACAAGGAUAACAAGGAAUUGCUUUCGUUAAUAAAAAAAUUGCAAGAGUUUCUACAAACCCAUGGAUCUAGCUCGUACCCAACGGAGGAAUUAAACCUUUCCUUGCAAGAGAGACGGACUUUGACAGCUGCUGGAUUUUUAACUUUGGAUGGUACUGAUUCAUAUGGUAUAUCCUUACCGAAUCUAGGUGUAUUUACUCAUAUCCUGCAUAGUAGUCGCAAAGAUCUCAUUCAGUUUUUCAAGAAGAGACCUUUUUAUGAGUGCAUUGAAAUUUCUUUGUUACAAAGAAACCUCUCUAUAACCACUAAGAGAAAACAGGAAACUUUUUUUGGUUGGAAAUUUCGACUUUGCGACGCCAUUGGUGCUGGUUUAAUUGACGCGUUUAUGACUUCUUGUGGUAGAGCUUAUCGCCUAACCAGGAGAGGUUUAGAAUACAAAUAGCCUUUAUCCUUCUUUUCUUUUCCUAUUAUUAAUCAUUACGAUAUCCCUUUACAAUUUUCCUUGGUUUAUCCUUCGUUUAAUUUAUUCAAUUAAUAGACUUUGGUCGUGCCUUAAACAAUAUGAUUGUGGUACUAAUUAUCAUGUUCUUUCUUUUCAAUGGCUUCAAAAAUGUUUUUAGCUAUCUCUUGAUGAACAUAAAAAUACUUUUUCGGAUGUUUUUUGGUUUCAAUAUUUGUGAAUGGGCGACUGGUAGCAGCGUCAGGAGUCUGUAGUUCUUCAACAUUGUACUUCCAUUCCUUUCUUCUUCCUAGUAAAUUCAGAGUAGUGAAAGUAACUAAAUUUUCCUUUAGUGUCCCUUCCGUUACAUAUGAUUUUCCUGCCCAGUGGAUUAAUCCCGUUGAUAUUGUUGAGGCUGCGCAAGCUUAGACAAUCUGGUUAGUACUUGAACAACAAUGAGUCAUUUUUUUCAGAUAAUACUAUUGAAUCAUACCUGUAGAUAUCAUAAUAAGCCGUGUGCCAAAUCCGAUGCCAUUUGCAUCCAAAAGCAGCAUUAACGGGGUCAUCAUGUACGUUAAUCCUAAGGAGCCAACGGAAAACCUUUUGAUAUUAGCUACUGCCGUUUUUAGUGGUGCUUCAUAAUGGAAAACUGCUUUUGCAGGAGAAGUACUCAAUUGUCGCACAAAACCCUUCACGAGCCCGGGAUUGAAUAUCAUUUAUUAAAGAUAUAUGUACUUUCUUCGUAAAAAAAAAACAGUAAAUUGAAAGAAAAAGACUGAGUAGGUAUCAAUAUUUGAGGCUGACUUUAAAACAAGCAGGAAGUGGACCGGUG